AUGACAGUUUUUUAUCAUGAUGCUCAUUCUAUUAUCCCUUCUCCUGUUGGUCUUCCCGAUGGUGCUAAGGCCAUGGCUACUAAGGAGGGUCGUGUUGUCUUGGCGGAUGACAUUACUCUUGAACAUGUUCUAUUUGUUCCACAAUUGAAUUGCAAUUUAAUUUCGGUGUCUAAGUUGAUUGAUGAUUCUCAUUACUUUGUCCGAUUCACUAAUUCUCUUUGUGCUAUACAGGAUCAAUCCUCGGGGAGCUUAAUUGGAGGUGGUGAAUGGAUAGAUGGACUAUAUUAUUUCCUGCGUAUCCCAAAACUAAACAAACCCGAGACAAUUUUUGAUAGUGAUAGUCGUGCUAGUCGUAUUCUUGAAAUGAUACAUUGUGAUUUGUGGGGACCGUAUAACACGACUUCUACUUGUGGUGCUCAUUAUUUUUUGACGAUUGUUGAUGAUUUUUCCAGUGGUGUUUGGGUUUACUUAUUGAAUGACAAAACUGAAGCAAAGGGUGACAAAUUUGCCCCGCGAAGUCGAAAAUGUGUAUUUGUUGGAUACCCUCAUAGGAAGAAAGGUUGGAAAUGCUAUGACUUAGACACUGGUGACAUUUUUGUAUCUCGUGAUGUGAAAUUUCAUGAGAACGAGUUUCCGUUUAUUUCUCAUGAGGAAUCGGGUUUGGGUGUUGAGGGGGGGUCACCCGAGGUUGUUGGGGUUGAUAGUGAUUUCUUAGAUGACUUGGAGUAUGUUUUGGAGGUUGGAGAAGAGGCCAUUUUGCACGACACUCCUACUAGCCCCAACCACGGCCAGACCGUGGCCUCUCCUGUCCACAGUUCUCCAGUGCUUUCCUUUGCCACAAACACUGCCACCAGCAGCUCUGAUGGGGCGCCUACUGCCUCUGCUACUGUUUCGGACAGUCAUGAGGUGGCUGCUCCGCCUACCACUGAUUUGUCUUCUUCUCUUGUGUUGGACCGUAGUCAACGUCCAAGGCAAGCACCGGGGUGGCAUCGUGAUUAUGUUGCUCACGCUAUAUCUCUUCCUAGUCCAUCUAUCUUUCAAUGUUCAUCGCCUACUCCAUGCUCCUCAGGUACUCCCUAUCCUUUAGCACAUUUUAUGAAUUGUGAUAAAUUUUUUGUGCGACACCGUGUAUUUAUUGCAGCUAUUGACACGGUGGUUGAGCCUCGUAAUUUCAAGGAGGCAAUGCAAGAUGAGGGGUGGAAAGAGGAAAUGCAAAAAGAAAUUGAUGCAUUGGAAAACAAUGGAACAUGGGUAAUGGAAAAAUUACCUCCGGGCAAGAAAGCUCUUGGGUGCAGAUGGGUUUACAAGGUCAAACUUAAUUCUGACGGCACACUCGAGAGAUUGAAGGCUCGUCUUGUUAUCUUUGGUAAUCAUCAGGUUGAGGGUAUUGAUUACAAUGAGACUUUUGCUCCUGAGGCUAAAAUGGUCACUGUUCGGGCUUUUCUGGAUGUCGCUGCUGCAAAGAAUUAG